AUGUCGGUCCUCCCAGCAGACGUGCAUAAUGAGCUUGCGCAGCUCCUUGAUGCGCUGCAAUCAUCCGACAAUAGUGUCCGGUCUCAAGCGGAGGAGCAUUUGGCCAACAACUGGACUGCCUCGAAGCCGCAAGUGCUCCUAAUGGGCCUUGUUGAACAAAUUCAGGGCUCCAAUGACCCAACCACCCGUUCAUUUGCUUCGGUCAUUUUCCGUCGUAUAGCCUCCAAGGCUCGCAAGCUUCCAAAUGACUCGACGGUGGAGACUUUUCUUUCUUUAGAGGCAACAGACGGAUACGUUAUUCGACAAAAACUCCUCGAAGCCUUGGGUACGGAAACUACAAACAGCGUCCGGAACAAGAUCGGUGACGCAGUUGCGGAAAUUGCCAGGGAAUACUCAGAUAACAAACAACAAUGGCCCGAAAUUCUAGGGGUUCUCUUCACACUUAGCAUAUCAAAGGAAGUCGGGCAACGUGAGAUUGCAUACAGAAUCUUCUCUACCACUCCUGGUAUCAUUGAGAAACAACACGAGGACACGGUUCUUGCAGCCUUUACAUCUGGAUUCAAGGACAGCGAUGCCGGAGUUUGCCUUUCUGCCAUGGAAGCUUUUGCAUCUUUCUUCAGAAGCAUCAACAAGAAAUCGCAACAAAAGUACUACGCUCUUAUUCCGGAAGUUCUUAGCAUUCUUCCUCCACUUAAAGAGAAACAGGAGUCCGAAGAGUUGAGCAGAGCGAUUGUGUCACUAAUCGAUCUCGCCGAGGUUGCACCAAAAAUGUUUCGACCUCUCUUCCACAACUUGGUCCUCUUCAGCAUCUCGGUUAUUCAAGAUAAGGAGCUUACGGACCAAGCCCGUCAAAAUGCGCUUGAGUUGAUGGCUACUUUUGCAGACUACGCUCCAGCAAUGGUCAAGAAGGAUGAGACAUACACAACCGAUAUGAUCACACAAUGUCUCAGUUUGAUGACAGACAUUGGCGUGGAUGAUGACGAUGCGGCAGAGUGGAACGCGUCCGACGAUAUGGAUCCAGAGGAAAGUGACCUGAAUCACAUCGCAGGAGAGCAAUGCAUGGAUCGAUUGGCAAACAAGCUCGGUGGACAGACUAUCCUAGCACCUACAUUCAGUUGGCUUCCAAGAAUGAUGAAUUCGGAUGCAUGGAGAGAUAGACAUGCAGCUUUGAUGGCCAUCUCGGCUAUCUCAGAGGGCUGCAGAGACUUGAUGAUUGGAGAACUCAACCAGGUGUUGGAAUUGGUAGUCCCUGCACUGAGAGAUCCGCACUCCCGAGUUCGAUGGGCCGGAUGUAAUGCUCUUGGGCAAAUGAGCACCGACUUUGCCGGUACCAUGCAAGAAAAGUACCACCAAGUCGUUGUUCCAGCUAUCGUCCCAGUUCUCGAUUCCCCAGAGCCUCGCGUUCAAGCUCACGCAGCUGCCGCAUUGGUCAACUUCUGCGAAGAGGCCGAGAAGAACAUCUUGGAGCCAUAUCUCGAUGACCUUCUUACCCACCUCUUCCAACUGCUACAAAGUCCUAAACGCUACGUCCAGGAACAAGCUUUGUCUACCAUUGCGACUAUUGCCGACUCGGCAGAAGCUGCUUUCUCCAAGUAUUAUGAUACUCUCAUGCCCUUGCUGUUCAACGUUUUACAGCAGGAAAAUACAAAGGAACUUCGCUUACUCCGAGCCAAAGCCAUGGAAUGCGCCACUCUCAUCGCUCUUGCUGUUGGCAAAGAGCGACUAGGAAACGAUGCCAUGAACUUGGUUCAAACCUUAGCUACUAUCCAGCAAGGAAUUGUCGAUGCCGAUGAUCCCCAAGCACAAUAUCUCAUGCAUUGCUGGGGUCGCAUGUGCAGAGUUCUUGGCGCAGACUUCUUGCCAUUCCUUCCGAGCGUUAUGCCACCACUCAUGGAGCUUGCUAGCGCUAAAGCUGAUAUCCAGCUCUUAGACGAUGAUGAGCAAGUCGAACAGGUCCAGCAAGAGGAGGGCUGGGAGCUUGUGCCCCUUAAGGGCAAAGUUAUCGGUAUCAAGACAAGCACUCUUGACGAUAAGCAUAUGGCCAUCGAAUUAUUGGUUGUUUACGCCCAAGUCCUCGAGGGCGCGUUUGCUCCAUACGUUCCUGAGGUUAUGGAGAAGAUCGCAUUGCCAGGUCUUGCUUUCUUUUUCCAUGAUCCUGUCCGUGUCGUCUCUGCUAAGUGCGUGCCACAAUUGUUGAACUCGUACAAGAAAGCAUUCGGCAAUCCAUCAAAUCAGCUCAGUGGUCUUUGGAACGGCACGAUUAUCAAACUCCUCGAAGUUCUCAGCGCGGAGCCAGCUAUUGAUACUCUUGCUGAGAUGUACCAAUGCUUCUACGAGUCUGUUGAGGUUAUGGGCAAGGAUUGUCUUACUCCUCAACACAUGGAAACGUUCAUCGAUUCGGCAUUUUCAGCACUGGAAGACUACAAGGAUCGUGUUGCUGCACGAGCAGAAGAGAGAUUGGAAGGACAGCAGGAGGAAGGCGAAGAGGAGUCCGAAGAUAUAAUGUUUGCCAUUGAAGAUGAUCAAACCCUGUUGUCUGAUAUGAACAAGGCUUAUCACUGCAUCUUCAAGAAUCACGGCGUUGCAUUCCUCAAGGCUUGGGAGCGUCUUCAUGCUACUUACGAGCAGUUCCUAAAGAGCCAGGAUCCUACGCAGCGACAGUGGGGUCUUUGUAUUAUGGAUGACGUUCUUGAGUUCUGUGGCGACCAGAGCUGGAACUAUAAGGAGUACAUUAUCGAGCCUCUGGUCGCUGGUUGCCGAGACUCUGCACCUGCUAACCGCCAAGCCGCUGCAUAUGGCAUUGGUGUCGCCGCUCACAAAGGAGGUCCACAAUGGUCGGAGUUCUUGGCUCCAGCUGUUGACCUCCUCUUCCAAGUUACACAAUUCCCCAAUGCUCGUGGAGAUGACGAUGUCUACGCAACAGAAAAUGCGUGCGCAGCUAUCGCUAAGGUUCUCCAUUUCAACCCUUCAAGUCUGCCCAACCAACAGCAAAUUGUUGUUCAAUGGAUCGAUACUUUACCCGUCGUUAACGACGAAGAGGCUGCGCCAUAUGCGUAUCUUUACCUUGCCCAGCUGAUUGAGCAACAAAACCCCGCUGUUAUUACCCAGGCUGGAAAGGUCUUCGGCUUUAUUGUUCAAGCUUUGGAAGCCGAGACGGUUCAAGGUCAGAAUGCAACGCAAAUAGUUGCGGCUGCAAAGAUGUUGCUCCAGACAGCUGGCUUGGAUCCAGCCCAAGUCUUGCUGCAGUUCUCACCCGAGACGCAACAAACAGUGCGUGCUUAUUUUGGUUGA